UAAGGAGUGUGCUGGAAACGAGUGGCCUCCAUUGCAACAUGUUCCGAAGUGACGCUGGACAUUUCUUCUUUGAGAUUUGAUCAGUGUGCUCUUCUCUUAUUUUGUAUACUUCCCACAAACUUUGAUCAUCUCUAAUCGUCAAAACUGAAAAAAGUGAACCAAGUCGCCUUGGUCCAGUGGUAAAGGGAGAAAAGUCCCGCCACCUGGGUUCAAGUAGCAUUGGCCACGGGGGUUCGAAUUUUAACAUGGUUUCCCUCGGCCCCAGGAGAUUGGUUCGAAUUUUAACAUGGUUUCCCUCGGCCCCAGGAGAUUAGUCUUUGGGCGUAGGAAGCCUUUAGAGUUAUCAAAAAAAAAACUGAAAAAAGUGUUCGGUACAAUUGGGAAAGUGGUGAACGGAGAAGAAACAGAGAAUUAAAAAAAAAAAAAACGCAAAACGACGCCGUAUCCUUGAUAAACCAAACAAGGACGUAGUGAAUUGAUUAAACCACGCCGGUUAAGGUUUAGGUUUAUUCAAUUUCGUAUUAAAAUUAGAUUCGGUCGCAUUACGACUGAGAAGAGCAGUGACGAUGGAGGAGGAGCCAGACGCGAAUCAUCGUCGCCGGCAGAUCUGCAACAGCUGCGAUCGACCAAAUCCGAUCUGUCUCUGCCACGUCAUACCGAACGAUCCAAUCCCAACGAACACAGAGAUCAUCAUCGUCCACCAUCCACACGAGUCACGCCACAAGCUCAACACGACACCUCUCCUCACCAAAUCCUUAAAAAACGUCACCACAAUCCCCACCCGCCGUCUCCGCCGUCAUCACAUCUCCUCCGCCGGAGAAACCUCGGUCUCACCACCAAUAAGAACAAUCUACCUCUUCCCUUCUUCUCCUUCCUCUCCCGCCGUCACUAUAUCCGAAUUCAAAUCCCUAAAUCAACGCGACAUCUCAAACCCUCCGCCGCUGAGACUCAUCGUAUUCGACGCGACGUGGAAACACGCGAGUGAGAUGGUGAAGGCUAGCGAAGAGGUUCUAAGAGAAGCAGGAGCGGUUAGAGUGUGUUUGGAUACGGGAAUAGACGCAUCCGUGAGCGGAGGAACCAUCUACGACUCGGAGCUUGUGUUGAGGAAAGAACCAUUCGGAGGAUGUGUGACUACGGCGGAGGCAGUCGCACGGUGCUUGGGAGCUAUCGAACCGGACGGUGAAGAAAUCGAGAGGAAGCUGAUUAGUGUACUGAAAGAGAUGGUGAGGUUACAAUCUAAGUUCUUGAAGCCCAUGAAUCCAAGACCUAAGUUAUUGAAGAAGAGAUUACAGAUUCAGCAACCACUUGAACAAGAAUGAAUGUUGAUGAGAAUUAUUAUUAUUACAUUAGUCCAUUGUAGUAGUAACUCGGUUCUUCUGUAUCAAUUUGUAAUCAAACAAUUAGGUGAAUUUCUCAAAUUUAUUCA